GUGCUAUUACUACUUGGUAGAUUCAUGAGUUUAUAUUUUGAUUAUGAAACUUAACCAAACGAGUUUUACUAACAGUAAAACAGAAAAAAUGCUUGGCAUUAAUAAUAUUAAAUGUUUAAUAAACACUACAGUGUCUUCAGGACUUAUUUCAGGAUUGAUUACGAGGAUGUUUAUUCAUAGAGUUAAGAUUUAAAAAAUCUUGAGCGGAAACUAGGAACAGUGAACGAAACCUCAGAUCUUUUCUUCAAGAAAAAGACUGCAUUGGAAUAAUGACUUUUGUUCUUCAAGUUUAACACUGUGUUGUUUGAAACUGAAAUUUGGUAGUUUGAAUCUUUACAAUACAAUGGUUACGACGAGGGUUAGCAAGUAUGACUCACGAGUGCAAAAGAGAACUUCAAAACAUUGUUUCUACUUCAGCUGCUAACAGUAGAAUAAACACAGGAAAUAGGUGUAAAAAAGAGAGAAGAAACUGUCAGGAGAUUUACUUUGGAACUUCCUUUUACGUUGUUUCUUGUAGUUUCUGAGCCAUCUGCUAGCAAUAAAAUAACUACAGAAAAUAAGUGUGAAAAGCCUAACUAGAAGCUUCAGAUGGGAAUGUAAAUGGUGAAAGACAGGUGUAAUCAUAGAAGUAUUAAAGAUGAAAGUUGAACCCCUUUCUGAUGAUGAGCAGGAUGCUUUACUGGAUAUCAAAUUGGUGAAAAAUGAGGGAGAAACUUUUAUAUCAUCUAGUAAAUACAUUUGUCAGGGUAAAAACUGAUGAACCUGAUCAUUCACAAGAUAUGGUUCUUGCUGAGUACAGUGACAGUGAUGAAGAUGAUAUAUUGAAUUUACAGAAAGAUAGUGAAUUUCAGGAAGAGUUGCAACAAAAUGGGAAUGGGUUAGAAAGAACACCUGAUACGAAGACAAAGGAGAACAACUUUUGUGAAAAUCAGUUUCCUCGUAAUGUCUUAGAACAAGAAGAUCCAUCUACAAAAACAAAGCCAAGCAAAUCUCAGAAACAGGACAAUAGUAAGGGGGGGAAAACUUUUAAAAAAGGAAAUAAUAUAAAAGAAUAUAAUAUACCCUAUAUAGAUGUUGAUCAACUUUACAGUUGUGUAAUAUGUGGUGAGGGUUUUGUAACAAAUUAUGAGCUAAUAAUGCAUCAGAGUGUACACCCUGAGGAGAAAGCACACAAUUGUACUGUGUGUGGGAAAAACUUCAAAAAAAAGAGUGAACUAAAUAUGCAUCAGAGGAUACACUCUGGAGAAAAACCAUACAGUUGUACAGUGUGUGGUAAGCAAUUUAAAAGAAACAGUCAUCUGAAAGAACAUCAUAGGAUACAUGGUGGGGAAAAAAAACACACUUGUAUUGUAUGUAGUAAAAAAUUUGUCAGCAAAAGCAGCCUAAAAUGUCAUGAAAAGAUACACACUAUGGAGAAACCACACAGUUGUGUUGUAUGUGGAAAGAAAUUUAUUAGUAGAAGUUACCUAAAGAGUCAUGAGAAGAUACAUGCUUGGGAGAAGCCAUUCAGUUGUGUUGUAUGUGGAAAACAUUUUGUCAGUAAUAGAUACCUAAAGAGGCAUGAGAAAAUACACUGUGAGCAGAGACCAUACAGUUGUGUUGUAUGUGGAAAACAGUUUGGAACAAAAAGUAAUCUUGAAAUACAUGAGAGGGUACACACUGGAGAGAAACCAUACAGUUGUAAUGUAUGUGGUAAAAAAUUUUUAUGUGAUAGAUACCUAAAGAGUCAUGAAAAGAUACACACUGGGGAAAAACCAUACAGUUGUGUUGUAUGUGGAAAACAAUUUGUCAGUAAUAGUUACAGAAAGGUUCAUGAGAAGAUGCACACUGGGGAGAAACCACAUAGUUGUGUUGUAUGUGGAAAACAAUUUGGAACAAAAUGUAAACUUAAGAUACAUGAAAGGAUACACACUGGGGAGAAACCAUACAGCUGUGUUGUAUGUGGUAAAAAGUUUUUAUUUAAUAAAUACCUAAAGAGUCAUGAGAAGAUGCACACUGGGGAGAAACCAUACAAUUGUGUUGUGUGUGGAAAACAGUUUGUCAGUAAUAGUUACAUAAAGAUUCACGAGAAGAUACACACUGGAGAUAGACCAUACAGUUGUGUAAUAUGUGGAAAACAGUUUGGAACAAAAAGCAAAUUUGAAAUACAUGAAAGAGUACAUACUGGGGAGAAACCAUACAGUUGUAAUGUAUGUGGCAAAAAUUUUAUAUGUAGUAGAUACCUAAAGACUCAUGAGAAGAGAAGGUGUACACUGGAGAGAAACCAUACUGUUGUGUAGUACAUAGAAAACAGUUUGGAGGAAAGAGUAACCUAAAAAUAUACCAGAGAAUACACAGUGUGGGUAAAAUAUCAUAAAGCUGUGGUAUCUGUGGAAAAUAAAUCUUGAUCUGUGAACACACUGGGAAGAAUGUUUAAAAAUGUGCACUGUGUGACAAAGAUCCUUUACUAAGUAUUUUCCAAAUUAGCAUCAGAGGAUACAGUAUCAGUAACCUCUGAUGGAAGCAACCUACCAACAUAGAUUAAUAUUCUCAACAGUAUAUCCAGUAUUCUGUUGUAAGGAAAAACUACAGCUCUGUAGUGUAUGGUAGAAACAUUAUUAGUAAUAGUUACCUUCAGCCAAAUACGAGUACAUGUUACUUUACUGUUAUUUUAUAUUAUCCUAACUGCUUGUUUUAAUUGUCCAGCUACUGCAAUAUAUUAAUAUUAACAUUAACAGCACAAAAGUUUCUCAUUAACUUUUGUUUUGUAGCCUGUUCAGUUGAAUGAGCACCUACUGUUGUGUCAGUGAACUUCAAGAUUAAAAGUGUAUUAGAUUCCUAGUGACUUAUGGUUAACUUUUUACUAUGUUUCACUGUGUAGUUUACACACUGGGAAAAUCAUCUUGUGACUGUGACAUUUUCAUGCCAGUUAGUUAUGAAGUAACUUUAACUUGAAUACCACAAAUUAACUUCAACAUUGUUUACUCUGUUUAACUAUGACAUAUAACUUUAAUCAGAAAUUAUGUUUCAAGUUAUAAUGUAGUAAUAGCAAUCACAUGAACUAGUUAUAUCUUGACAUAAUAACCAUUCAGUUGUGUAACUGGUCCUAUUACAGAACUCCAGGCUUUGGCAUAUUGUUCAGCAUCACCUUUUAUUGUCAUUAAUGCCUGAAUGUUCCUUCACUGAAUUAAAGAAUACUAUCAAUGUUUGUUUAUCAUCUCUUUGCUAUAAGGAUCUUCUCUUCUAUGAUUGUCAACCACCAUGGUUUUUUAACUGAAAAUCAUAUUGAUUUGACCCAUGUAUUGAGUCUAAACUUACUGUUUGAGUUUUGACAAACUUUAUCCUUCUUACACUGUAUAUUUAUCAUAAUGGCAAGAAUAAAAUCAUCCUACAAGUUA